AUGGAGCACGAGAAACGCCUGGCCGAGGCCAUGGAGGUCGUCCGCGGCGGCGGUGCCCAGGUCAAUGACAUGAUCGAAGACAUGGAGCGACUUCUUGACGAGUCUGGUGGGCUGGAGACGGGCGUCUUCCACAUUGCGUUCGACGACCCGAGGAAGUUCACAUGGCUGCUCGUGGCUUUCGCCAGUAUGGGCGGUCUUCUGUCCGGAUUGGACCAGAGUCUGAUCUCGGGUGCGAACCUUUACCUGCCCGUAGACCUGGGCCUCGAUACACAUCAGAACAGCCUCGUCAACUCAGGCAUGCCCUUGGGUGCUGUUGGCGGUGCCCUUCUCCUGUCGCCCGCCAACGAAUAUCUCGGCCGGAAGAACGCCAUCAUUCUUUCCAUCAUCCUGUACACUGUCGGUGCCGCUUUGGAAGCUGGUUCGAUCAAUUUUGGUCUGUCCUAUGUCGCCCUAUCUGGAAAGUUGGCGGCGAGUAUACUAACCUCCAUUGUCUUUUUAGCUAUGAUUGUUGCUGCCCGUGUCAUCCUCGGUCUCGGUGUUGGCCUCGAGGGCGGCACCGUUCCCAUCUAUGUGGCUGAAACCGUGGAGCGUCGCCUUCGCGGUAACCUUGUAUCUCUCUACCAGUUCAACAUUGCUCUCGGCGAAGUUCUUGGCUAUGCUGUGGCGGCCAUUUUCGUACGCGUUCCUGGAAACUGGCGGUAUAUCCUCGGCUCUUCGCUCGUCUUUUCCACAAUCAUGUUCAUCGGCAUGCUGUUCCUACCAGAGAGUCCGCGCUAUCUGAUCCACAAAGGUCACAUGCUCGACGCUUACAAGGUGUGGAAGCGUAUUCGCGGUGUCGAGUCACUUGAAGCCAGAGAAGAAUUCUUCGUUAUGACAGCUGGUGUCCGCGAAGAGCAAAACGCUGUCCAGGAAGGAGCGAAGAACAAACGCUUUCCGUGGAUGGACUUUUUUACAAACCCGAGAGCCCGCCGUGCACUCAUCUACGCCAACAUCAUGAUUCUCCUCGGUCAGCUGACAGGAGUAAAUGCUAUUCUUUAUUUUAUGUCAAUUCUGCUCAACCAGAUCGGGUUCGACCCCGAGACGGCCAACUACAUGUCUCUCGUUGGUGGUGGUGCUCUUCUGCUCGGAACAAUUCCCGCUAUUUUUCUCAUGGAGACAUUUGGUCGUCGUUUCUGGGCCAUUAUAACGCUUCCUGGCUUCUUCGUUGGCUUGGUGCUCAUCGGCGUUAGUUACCAGCUCUCGCUGGACACGCAGCUGGUGGCCGUCGAGGGACUGUACUUUACGGGUCUUGUCCUGUACAUGGGCUUUUUCGGAUCAUACGCUUGUUUGACGUGGGUUGUUCCAUCGGAGGUCUACCCGACUUACCUGCGCAGUUACGGCAUGACAACGUCUGACGCGCUGCUUUUUCUAAUGUCUUUCACCGUGACGUACAAUUUCUCGGCCAUGCAGAUCGCCAUGGGCAAGACCGGACUUGUGCUUGGUUUCUACGGAGGAAUUGCAGUCCUGGGUGAGAUAUACCAGCUGCUGUUCAUGCCCGAAACCAAGGACAAGACGCUCGAGGAGAUUGACGAGGUCUUUGAGCGCCCGACGAUGAGCAUUGUCCGGGAGAACUGGGCGGGUAUCAAAGAGAACGUCAACAACAUGUGCCACGGCCGCUUCAGCGAGGUAUUUCGCCAGCAGGCAAAGCGGAGAGCCACCUUGCACGGCCCCGAGAUCAGCGAGAAGGCUUAA